GCAUCCAACAACUUAGUCGAUAACAAUCAUUCAACAGUGCGGUAAAGCACCGUUACUUUGACGGUAGCGAAACAUUUCAACAAAAUGAUAACCCUAAGGUCAGCCAUACUGUUUCUUAUCGCAGUGAUCUUCUCGUUGGAUAAUCGCAUCACCGUAGCUGACAAGAAAGUUUCGCCGAGAGAUUGCAUUCAGCAGAAUGGAUACCACCUAGUGCAGUCGCCAACAAAUAACCUCACGGAAGCACCCACUAUUGAUUGGGUAAUUCUUACCGGUACAAUGCAGAGUACUCUUCACAAGGGUGUCCUGAUGUGCUUCCCAGAUUUGAUAGAGCUAACUCUUACACACAGUGAAUUUUCGUAUAUUGACAAAGGAACCUUCAAAGUGGUGCCCCAACUAUGGACGCUCAAUAUUAGUUACAAUGAAUUGAGCACUUUGUUGAAUAACGGAAAGACCAUGUUAAGUGGUCUACCCCAGUUGAGACGUUUGGAUCUGAGUUACAAUAGAUUGCAGGUGUUACAAUCGAACCUUUUCCAAGAGCUGAGAAAUUUAUCUGAAUGUUUUAUUACCAACAAUGGAUUGGAAACUAUCCAUGAAAAAUCAUUCGACGGGUUGAUCAAUUUGAGGACCUUGGAUCUGUCCCAGAAUAAGUUGGAGUACUUGCCAAGUGGAAUGCUACUACAAUGUCAAAAUUUGAAAGUGUUAUCGCUGAGAGAUAAUCGGAUUAAGUAUUUUAGCAGCAGAACAUUCAGACAACAGGAAGGCUUAGAGGAACUGGAUUUGAGUGAUAACAACAUCGUGAACCUACCGAAAACAAUAUUUAUUUUUUUGAGAACAUUGAAAGUGUUACUUUUGAAUGGAAAUGAAUUGCAAACUCUCGCCGAUUCUGUGCUUGAUCCGUUAGUGAAUCUGGAAUAUUUGAACAUUGCUGAUAACAAUCUUGUCACUCUACCGGAAACUCUGCUAAACCCAGUGAAAAACUUGAAAUUCUUCAAUGCGCAAGUUAACAAACUCGUUUCAAUAUCAAGUGAAUUUUUCAAAACAAACUCACUUCUGCAAGAAAUCAGCUUCAGUGAUAAUCAAAUCAUUACAUUUCCACAAAGGACAGUUGCUUUGCUUUCGGAUCUUAAAACCCUCGAUUUAACCAACAAUAAACUGAACAGUACCUUCGCCAUCCAGCUUGCUGCUGGUACUAGCGUGAACUUGUAUCUCAGUGGAAACAAACUGAACCGGACAUCCUUUCGCGGAAAUGUUGCAUUUCUGACGAUGACGCAUAACGAAUUGUCAAAACUACCAAGCUUCGCAUUCGGUGAAUAUGUGGAUAUUCACGGCAUUUUUCUAGAUCAUAAUCAAAUCAGUGCGAUAUCACCGGAUGCAUUGUACGGUCUAUCUAAACUGGAAGAACUAAGUAUUAGUGGAAAUCCAGUUGAAAAUAUUGAAUCCCAGUUUCUAGAGCACGUUCCAAUGCUCAGGAAUCUCGGAAUGAAUAAUAUUAGUAUCAAGAGUAUUCCCGAAGGAUCCUUUUCAAGGCAGAGACAGCUAUCAUCACUUCGUUUAGGGGACAAUAAUUUAGAGCGGCUUCCGGUGUACAUUUUCAAUGGGUUGAGUGAAUUGGAAUAUCUCGGACUAGAGAACAACAGAUUAACGAACGUAUCCAGAAAACAAUUCUACGGUUUAGGAAAUCUGAAACGAUUGUAUCUGCAUGACAACAUGCUUGGCGAUCUUGACGAUAACCUGUUCGAUGAAUUAAUCAGUUUGGAGCUACUUGCACUGCAUAACAAUCGAAUCACCAAGCUCAACGAUAGAUUAUUCGGUAAAUUGAUAAAUUUAGAAAGAAUUGGAUUGCACAACAAUCCAAUUCAAAUGGUUUCCACCGGGGUGUUUCGUGGACUUUCACAACUGAAAGUAGUUCAUUUAUACGACAAUCAGAUCAGUGAGCUGCCGUCAAAUGUGUUUCAAGAUAACCUCCUGCUCGAGGAAGUAGUACUUAGGAAUAAUUUAAUCGUGGAAGUCCCAUAUAAAACUUUCGGGCAUCUCUCAACGUUACAAAUCUUGGAUCUCUCUCGAAACCUAAUAGCUCGAAUAUACUCCAAUUCAUUCCAAAGCUGUGAACAGCUUGCAGAAUUAUGGCUCGGUGGAAAUAAUAUCAGAACUAUUGAUGAGUCAGCGUUUUAUGGAUUGCGAAAACUGGAAAUGUUAGAUCUCAGUGAUAACGAAAUAUCUGUAUUACAUGAAAGGACUUUCCAAAAUCUAAAUCUCCUGAAACGUCUCUAUCUUGGUAAUAACAAUGUGCACGAAUUGUCUGCAACAGACUUUGUUUCUCUUAUCAGCUUACAAGUGCUAUCAAUUUUCAACAACAAUAUAUAUAGCUUAGAGAGCUAUGUAUUCAAAAACAAUCGGCUUUUGGAAGAACUAUUUUUAGAUGGUAACCAAAUAUCUGUGAUAUCACCUAAUGCAUUCCAUGGUUUGGAGAACUUGAAAAUUUUAUAUCUCUCCAAAAACAACAUAACCACAUUGAAGAACGACAUAUUCUUUUCAUUAUUGUCACUUAUUGAGCUUAAAUUAGACGAUAACUCCUUGAAUCAUCUUCCGGAGGAUGUUCUGCUACACCAAACUGGCUUGGAGUUUUUGUCUCUAUCUGAGAACAACAUUCAAUUGCUUCCGGCUGGUCUUUUCAGUAGCAACACCAAACUAAAGAUUUUAGAACUAAAUGAUAAUAAAAUGACAAAUAUUCCGGAUGAAUUGUUGCUGCCACUACAACAGCUGGAUGAACUGUAUUUAGAAAACAAUCAACUUAGCAAACUCGAGGAGUAUAUUUUCAUCAACAAUGCACAACUAAAAAUCUUAAACGUCGCCGGAAACUCAUUGGCCUCAUUUGAUAUCCUUAAAACAUCUUUCGUAGUCAGUCUGCAAGUGUUGGACAUUCAGGCAAAUCAUCUGCAGACAAUCCAAAUUCCCCGAAACUUGCUUCGACUAUUUGCCCAGAAUAACGACAUCGACACCAUUUUCGUCGAAAGCGCAUCAUUCCACCGACUGGAAAUACUCGAUUUAUCAGACAACAAUCUGUCACGAAUCGACAAAAUAUUCAAACUGAUUCGCUUGAAAUCAUUGAAUCUUGCCUUGAACGAUUUCGAAACAUUGGACGUUAGCCGGCUUUACAAACUGCCUUACCUUGGCAGCUUCAACGUCUCAAGAAGUGGAAUCAGAUCUUUGACCGGAGUGCUACACAAACGACACGCAGCACUGGAAUCGUUCGACAUGUCCGGAAACGGAGUCGACAAUUUUGACAACUUCAUUCCGAUAUACUUCACAUCCCUGCUGCAGCUCGUGGUCAAUGGAAAUCCUUUUGUGAAUCAAGAGUUUUAUGAUAAUAUGAUGCUCCUCAGAGGAAUAGGUGCCGUGCAGAAUGAUUUCAAAAUUACCUAAUUUUCCGUUUUACACGAUACAAGUUUUACCAGAAACAGUAACAACUCUGGAAAAUUAUAAGUAGAGUGACAUUUGCUCGUUAUUUUUAACAUGGACAUAACACGUUCUUUCGGAAUAGAUUUCUAAAAAAAAGUUAGAAGUUUUUCAACGCCGUGAAAUCCUGCUAAACAACAUCUAUGUGAGUGAAAUUGUGAUAUUCAAGUAAUGAAAAUGCAUACAAGUAAUAAAAAUAACAAUUUAGUUACGAUACAAAAGCUGGAAGAUUCGCUACCUUUGGUAACACGCAUGUUGUAGUACAAAUAACAAAAAUAUAAACAAAUUGCAUCUGUUGAAUGGUCCAGACGAAAAUAAUUAUUUCAAAGUCGAAGACAGUACUUAAAUUUCUAUCGCAACUAAGACAAGAGUCUUCAUAUAAAGAUUGUACACGAAAAUAAUAUUAUUUUUGUAUAACUGCUGGGCUGUUGAUCGAACAGGCUAUUAUGCGCAAUGGCGACAUCUAUAGCGAUUUUGCUCAGGUAUUAGGUCGCCCACGUAUCGGUCAAAUUUCAGGUAUUUUUGCAUUGUCGUUUGCACGAGAGCACAUUUGUUCGUUCUUCGGCGCUGGUGAAUAAAGUUAUAAAUGUAACGCGAAUCAUUUUAUUGUCUAAAAUCGGGCUGCUGCUGAAAACGGGAUUCAAAACUCUAUAAAAAGAUAAUCGGUUCCCAUUAAAAACCUUACAUUUGUUUUUGUAAAUCGUGAUUAUUCUCGAAUACAUUUAAUAGGGUAAGUUGGCUAAAUUUGGCGCGGGGUUGGUUGUCCGAGUUGUAAAUUUAACGUAGAGCAAUGUGCACUUUGAUAUUCGUGAAAUGUUAACCUUUUUUGAACGAAAUUGGAUAUUAUGCUAAUAUUGAUUAAUGAUUAUCAUAAGGAUCAAUAUAAAUAACAAAUAAAUUGGUAAAA